AUGAGCUCCGCCGUACCAAAAAAGGCCGCUGACAUGCACAAGUACCUGAAACAGUCUCUCGAGACCCUGUUCAAGAACAACCGGGACUGGGCUUCCUCCAAGAGGAGCUCGGAUCCGACGUUCUUCGACAAGCUUGCCGAUGGACAGGCACCAAACUAUCUCUACAUUGGUUGCAGUGAUAGCCGCGUCCCUGCCAACGAGAUUCUGGGUCUCGGGGCCGGCGAAGUCUUUGUGCAUCGCAACAUCGCCAAUCUCGUCCCCAAUACCGAUCUCAGUGCCAUGUCUGUGAUCAACUACGCGGUAAGACAUCUACAUGUCAAGCACAUCAUCGUCUGUGGCCACUAUAACUGUGGAGGCGUCAAGGCGGCUCUGACCCCUGCGGACUUGGGGCUUUUGAACCCUUGGCUGCGGAACAUCCGUGAUGUUUAUCGCUUGCAUGAGAAGGAGUUGGAUCAGAUUGCGGAUGAGAGCGCGCGGUACAACCGACUCAUUGAAUUGAACGUCAUCGAGUCCUGCCGCAACGUCAUCAAGACUGCUGCCGUUCAGCAGAGCUUCCAGCAGCACGGAUAUCCCAUUGUUCACGGCCUCGUCUUUGAUCUUCAUGACGGUCUGCUGAAGGAUCUUCACGUCGACUUCGAGAAGACCUUGGAGGACGUGAAGAAGAUUUACUGCCUUUCUCCUUCAGCCCAGUCGGAAGACAAGGAGUGA